ACGCGAUUGCGCGCGAAUGAGGAGACUUGCAAUGCCUGCGCAGGCCUCAACGUCGAUGAGAUAUAGUGGAUAAGUGUACAACAUUCUCUCUUACCCCUCCUUCAGUCAUUGAUGCGCCGCGCAAUCGCAACAAGUGCGCCGGUGGGACUCUCUAGUGUACGGGCGAUAUACAGCAGGCACUCCUACAGAGCUUCAUUCUAUGCGUUGACCUCAUCUUAUCUUCAGCAUCCUUCUCGCACAAAUUCCCAACUCCAAGGGAGCCGUCUUCACUCCGCAAUGGCGUCCCGCCACGUAUCACUGACCAACCGCUGCGGCGAGUCCAAGAGCCCAUAUGUGCGCUCGCACAUGGACAAUCCCACAGCAUGGCAGCUUUGGACGCCAGAGACGCUGGAGCUUGCUCGCCAGACCAACAGGCUGUUGUUCGUGAGCAUCGGCUACUCUGCGUGCCAUUGGUGCCAUGUGAUGGCUCACGAAUCGUUUGACGACCCUCGUAUUGCGCAACUGCUCAACGAGCACUUCAUCCCUAUCAAGAUUGAUAGGGAAGAGCGACCGGACAUUGACCGCCAGUAUAUGGACUUCCUGCAAGCAACAUCUGGCGGAGGAGGAUGGCCGCUGAAUGUGUUCGUCACUCCCGAUCUCGAGCCUAUCUUCGGCGGCACGUACUGGCCAGGUCCAAAGAGCGAGAGAGCGCAGAUGGGCGGCACAGGCUUCGAGCAGAUCUUAGUCAAGGUCGCACAGAUGUGGAAGGAGCAAGAGUCUAAGUUGAGAGAAAACGGCAAGCAGAUCACCGCGCAGCUCAAAGAGUUUGCGCAGGAAGGUACGCUCGGCGGUAGGACAGAUGGGAAGACUAGUGACGGAGAUGAUGGUCUGGAGUUGGACUUGAUCGAAGAAGCAUACAACCACUACAAGGGCCGCUUCGACAGCAAAUAUGGUGGAUUUGGCUCGGCCCCGAAGUUUCCGACACCGGUCCAUCUCAAGGCGUUGGUACGGUUUGGCUGUCACCCACACACGGUGAAAGAAAUAGUGGGCGACAAGGAAGUCAAGCACGCCCGGUAUAUGGCAGUGAAGACACUAGAAUGCAUGGCAAAAGGUGGGAUUAAAGAUCAGGUUGGUCAUGGCUUCGCAAGGUACUCCGUAACGCGCGACUGGAGCUUGCCGCAUUUUGAGAAGAUGCUGUACGACAACGCGCAACUACUGCCGCUAUAUCUAGAUGCAUACUUACUCACCAAGACUGAUUUAUUUCUUGAAACGGUACAUGACGUAGCGACGUACCUCACGACCGAGCCUAUGCAGUCUUCGCUUGGUGGCAUCAAUGCCUCGGAGGACGCAGACUCCCUCCCAACAGCUAUUGAUCAUCACAAGCGCGAGGGCGCCUUUUAUGUCUGGACGCUCGACGAGUUUAAGGAGCUUCUAACCGACGAAGAAGCAACUGUCUGCGCUAGGUACUGGAAUGUGCAACCUAAUGGUAACGUCGACCGACGCUACGACCAUCAAGGCGAGCUCGUCGGUAGGAAUACCUUGUGCGUCCAGUACGACACUCCCGACUUGGCGAGCGAGCUCGGCAUGAGCGAUAGUGAAGUCAAGCGCUUGAUCGGCAGCGGUAGGAAGAAACUUCUUGAGUAUCGCGACAAGAACAGACCUCUACCUUCUCUUGAUGACAAGAUCGUCACGGCUUGGAACGGUCUCGCAAUCGGCGGACUUGCGCGUGCUAGCGCAGCCCUCUCUUCAAUGGCACCAGACUCCGCUCAGGCCUACCUAGCCGGGGCGGAAAGAGCAGCCGCGUGUAUUAAGCAACAUCUGUUCGACGCCAAGACCGGUACGCUACGGCGUGUCUACAGAGAAGGACCAGGAGAGACACAAGGCUUCGCAGACGACUACGCCUUCCUCAUCUCGGGCCUACUGGACCUCUACGAAGCCACGUUCGACGAUAGCUACCUCUCCUUUGCCGACACUCUGCAACAAACGCAGGUCAAGCUCUUCUGGGAUGACAACAAGUACGCCUUUUUCUCAACACCAGCCAAUCAGCCCGAUAUCCUGGUCCGCACAAAGGACGCUAUGGAUAAUGCUGAACCGUCUACGAACGGCGUGAGCGCGCAGAAUCUGUUUCGACUGAGCAGUUUGCUCAAUGAUGAGAAGUACGAGAAGAUGGCUAAGCGAACUGUCGCUGCGUUCGAAGUGGAGAUCGGCCAGCACCCGGGCCUGUUCAGCGGCAUGAUGAGCAGUAUCAUCGCUUCGAAGCUUGGCAUGAAGGGUUUGAUGGUCGUCGGUGAGGGCGAGGUUGCCGAAGCCGCUCUUAAGAAAGCUAGAGAAAGCGUCAGGCCGAACUGGACGGUGCUCAGAGUCGGCGGCAAGGCGGAGGCGAAGUGGUUGAGGCAACGCAACGAGCUUCUGCAGGAUCUUGACGGCAGCAGAGUGAUGGUACAGGUAUGCGAGGACGGAGCUUGCAGGUUGUUGGACGCAAAGGAGGUGAACGAGCUCUUUGCUCACGAGUCAUAACGAAUCUGCACGUUGUAUAGAAUCAGUCCCCACCCUUGCAAGCACUGCCUCGCGACAAGCGGCUUGCGGACCUGCGAUCGCGAAAGACUCCAAUAAGUCAGCGCAUGUGGCACUGGUCAAUGUUAAUGCAACAUUGACCUCAGUGUGGAUGUCAUAAAGUCUGAAAGCUGCCCAUGAACGCUAUGUCAACUCAAUGCGGGCUACCCUAAGCAGCGGUGUUUUCAAUACUCUGCGAUGCCAUCUCGCUAGCGCGUUCGUUGCGGUGCGCUCAAGUCUCAGCUCGCUGACUCGCACUUUACCCUGAUCCAGGCGAAUAUGAUCGCUCCACACUCAUCCAAGACACUCUCAAUCAUCAUGCCGUUAUGUUCGUUGCGUUGCAGUGUAUUUCGCGCUAAAGCUGCAAAUCUCGCCAGUCAUUCGCCAAUCGCCU